GCAACGCGACGAGUAUAGUCAGCACAUAAGACUCAUAAGGCAGGAGUUUUCCAUCAUAGGAUUGCGAAGAAACCCACUGUCAGACAUUUGGACAUCACUUUCUGAAACUGCUGCCUCUGAGCUGAAACACGUUUUGCUGGAUCGGCACUAGUUCAACACCCCGGACUUUCACUCUCGCCUUUUCGGAGUGAUUUUUUAUUCAAUUUUGGUCUUUGGAUACUGCUGAGACAGAAGACGGGUGACUGCAUUGAUGCAUGCUCUCUGCUGACACUGACAAUUGUUGAUUAUCCAGAGACUGUGUUUCAUUAAGCAACUGGUAAGCUUACUUUUCCUACGACUUUAUGUCUACAAAGAUGGAGCAACCUUUUUAUCAUGACGACUCUUUUCUGUCGGCUUACGGCCACUCAGAUGCAGCAAUGCACGACUACAAACUGCUAAAGCAGAAUAUGAAUUUGAACUUGACAGAGCCCUAUCGCAACCUGAAAUCGCAGCUGAGAGCCGAGACAGACCUAUACCAAGGGGUGCAUCAAGACGUGGGGUCCCUGAAGCUGGCAUCCCCAGAGCUAGAGAGGCUCAUCAUCCAAAACAGUAACGGUGUGAUCACCACUCCCACACCGGGCCAGUACUUCUACAACCGAGGCAUCACCGAUGAGCAGGAGGGGUUCGCCGAGGGGUUUGUGAAAGCCCUGGACGAGCUGCACAAAAUGAACCAGAUGCCCCCUCCCAACGUGUCCAUCGGUGCCGGUGGAGUUACGACGUGUUCGGCGGCGGCCUCUAGCGUUUUCGGCUCCACCUUGCAGCCGGAGCCUCCCAUUUACACAACACUGAACGCCUACUGCCCGAACACAAGCCUCUCUUCCGCAUCCAGCUACCCCACGGCCACUAUCAGCUACCUGCCGCCCCACCAGCAGAGCCACCACCAGCAGACCUCGACGCACGGGACGCACCCGUUCCAGCACACCCUCCCCGGGUCCGGUCUGCACCCACAGCGGCUCGUCGCUCUGAAAGAGGAGCCCCAAACUGUGCCCGACCUGCUCAGCAGCGACGGCUCACCUCCAAUGUCCCCGAUCGACAUGGAGAACCAGGAGAGGAUCAAGGCAGAGCGAAAGAGGCUGAGAAACCGACUAGCAGCCACCAAAUGCCGGAGGCGCAAGCUGGAGCGCAUCGCCCGGCUGGAGGAGAAAGUGAAGGUUUUGAAGAGCGACAACGCGGGGCUCUCCAACACAGCGUCGGUGCUCCGAGAUCAAGUCGCCCAGCUCAAACAGAAAGUCCUGACACAUGUCAGCAGCGGCUGUCAGCUGAUGCUUACGAGCAAGAUGGAGGCAUUUUAGAAAAGAGAGACUGACUGACUGAGAAGUAAUAACACUGGAGUAGUGUUCUACAUGAGCAGCACUGGAAUACGGGCUGAUUUGUUGUCAGCAGUGACAGCAACACAGGGCCGUGGGCUAUGUGUAGACAACUCUUAGGCUGUUUAGGGUGAAAAGACUGAUUGAAAUGGUACUUCCGGAUGCUGGUCACCGCUCAAAGGACCAUUCAACCCUAAUAAAAACCGGGGCAGCAUCCUAGACUGAACAGACACUGAGCAACACGCCAGGCACAACCGGCCUGGUUUAGAAAAUGGGAAUAAUUAUUGUAUUUCUUUGUACUUUUGCAACUAAUGAUAUUGUCAUGCCAUGCUGCAUUUAUUCAUUGUGUAAGUUAUUUUGUUUGUCAGGUUGAUCCAGACAAACUAUGAUGAUGUCGUAUGUUUACAAUGUCCUAUUUUUUU